UUCAGCUGUUUUCCGAAUUUCAACAUGAGAUGCAAAACUUGCCAGAAGUAGUCUUUUCCUUCUUGUUCAGUCAGUGAGACAGGUAGUGGAGGGACAAUUACUAAUUUUACCCUGAUCAGCAGAGAAAAAUGGCAACGAAAAUGAAAUGUCAUUAUGAAAUCUUAGGAGUGCCACGAGAUGCGUCAGCCGACGACUUGAAGAAGUCGUAUCGAAAACUGGCCCUUCAGUGGCAUCCAGACAAGAACCCAGAUCGUGUGGAUGAGGUCACUAAACAUUUCCUAUUGAUACAGCAAGCAUAUGAUGUUCUAAGUGAUCCUCAAGAAAGGGCAUGGUAUGACAAACACAGGGAAGCCAUUUUAAGGGGAGGUCAUGGCCGAGGAGAUCAGUACACUGAUGACAGCCUGGAUGUGUUCCAGUAUUUCAACUCCUGCUAUACAGGUUAUGGGGAUAAUGAACAGGGUUUCUACAGUGUUAGAAAGGUUUUCCAGCAAAUAGCUGAGGAAGAUUAUGUCUUUAUGGAGGAUAGAGAAGACUUUGAAAUGCCACAUUUUGGGGAUUCAACAAGUUCAUAUGAAGAGGUUGUAGGGCCAUUCUAUGCAUACUGGGAGAGUUUUUACACUGCUAAGUCGUAUGUGUGGGUGGAGAAGUAUGACACACGGGAAGCACCAGAAAGGCGCGUUCGCAGGCUGAUGGAGGCAGAAAACAAGAAGUUAAGAGAUGCAGCCAGGAAGGAGAGGAGUGAGGAAGUCAGGGCCUUGGUAGCAUUUGUCAGGAAACGUGACAGAAGAGUUCAGGCAUACAGGAAAAAACUAGAAGAGCGCGCUGUUGAAAUAAGUCGUAAAAAUGCUGAAAGACGAGAAAGAGCAGUGAAAGAGAGGUUGAAACUGUUUGAAAACUAUGAGGAAGCUGAUUGGUCGUCAAUGUCCGGCCUGGAGGAAGAGAUGCAAAGGUUAGAAGCCAAUCUGUCAGAGCAGUUUGGUGACAAACAGAAUCAGUCAGGUAGUGAUGAACAAGAUCUUGAGGAAGAGGAAAUAUUUGAUGAUCUGUUUUGUGUGGCAUGCAAUAAAUCCUUUAAAAGUGACAGAGCUUUUGCAAAUCAUGAGCGAUCUAAGAAACACAAAGACAAUGUGUUACUGUUAAGAUCAGAGAUGGAGGAGGAGGAAGAGGAGAUAACUGCUGAUGACAAGAUGAGAGAUGAUGGAGUUGCCAUGGAGAUGAUGGAGGAAGUACUGACAGAAAACAAGCAAAAAUUAUCAAAGAGACAGAAGAAGAGAAGAAAAGAGAGGGCACAGCAGCUCUGGGGGACCAUCAGCAUGUUAAAGACGAAAUUGGGAUUGCUAAUGAAGACUGUGAUGGGUCAGAGGUUAAGGAUGAUGAAGGGGAGGACCAAUAAUUCAUCCAGGACACCCACAAUAGAAGUUAGUGAUCAACCAGGUGACCAGGUGACUGCUGCCACUGAACAGGUUAAACAGAAUGGUGGACCAGCAUUGGAAGAAGUGUUCUCAGAUCAGAGUGAGUGUACCACUGAGCCAGAGCCCACUCCAGAAAUAGCUCCUUCAUCUGCUGAUGAAAACAGCAGUGUGUAUCUGGAAAAACAAGGAGGCAAGAAGAGUAACAAGACCAGCGACACAAGUACAGAGAAUGUCAAGACACCUCAGAUCUGCAAUGUCUGCCAUAAAGAAUUCCCUACAAGGAACAAACUGUUCCAGCAUGUGAAGGCAGAAGGCCAUGCAUUACACGUUCCUCCACAGAUGGUUAGUUCAGCAGACAAAUCUGGCAGCAAGAAGAAAGGGCGGAGGAAAGGCAAACAUAUAUAGUCAUGUGACUUAUGUGAUUACUAAAUUAAACAAAUUUUAAGUUUUGAAAGUCUGUGUGUCUUGAUCACAAUUUAUUUACUUAUCUGAUAGGAGUUUUACACCAUAACGAAGAAUAUGUCACUUAUACGAUGGC